AUGACCAACGACAUCUCUCCAACAGGCUCUGUCCGCUCCAUCGCAUCUAGUCACUCCGCCGCCCUUUCUCGUCCAUCGCCUCCUCCAAAACCAUCGCAUCUCUCCUCCGCUUUCACGGGCACUUGCAACUCGAUUGCUCUUCGCCACUAUAUCAAAACUCACACCACUGGCGGGUCUUUCACGGACCAACCACCCUCCAAAGGCACCAUCAGCCGUGCACAUCUCGGACAUGGCUAUGAUGCAUCGUCCGUAGACCACUUUGUCAAUGCGUUCGACACCUCAAGCGAAGAUGAAGACCAUGUCCAUCGGUCCACUUCCCGACCUGCGGCACGUGGUCGAACCUAUACAGCUCCCUCCGUUAGCAGACUCUUCAAUGCAAGCGAAGAUGAUCAGGAUCCCGGGCAAGGUACAGCUCGUCUGCUUCGCAACGAGCCGAUCGCGAUCAACGGCGAGGGUCCAUCUCGUGUUGGCAAUCUGCGUACCAUGUUCGAAGCUGCUGUUCCUUCCACUUCCACUCCCGUGGCAUUGUCGAAGCAGAACACUGGCAUCAAGCCACAACACACUGGUGCCAAAGCCAAGCCAAGGAUCAGCAAUCAGGUCCGCAUGCUGCAAGCACAGAUCACAGGCGAUCGCUUCAACGGCAUCGCCGGCGCUUUCAAUCUUGCUGAUGCACGCUCCUCCAUCAUCAUCGACAAGCCGUUCGGUGCGCAUGGGCACUCACCCAACGGCACAGAUCAGAGCGAGGAUACUUCCAUCUACCAAACAGCGACUCAAGGCUUACUGGUUGAUGCACUCAAGAUGGAUGCCGUCGUCAUCCCACCCAACUCGAACAGCCUUACACUCGAGCCCUCCCCUUCGAGCUCUUACCCUUCUCUCACUGAUGCGUUCGGCACGCAGGCUCUCUCAAAGGAGCCUUCAACGAUCGACACAGACGCCACCAUUUCUCGCUCAACAUCAGCAAAGAACGGUCUCACCAACUCAAGAAUCCUCAAUGUCACAUCUCAGCACGACCGUGAUGACAGCUCGGCCACCAUUCGACCGAGCAACUCGAACCAGGAUGUGGCUGCAUCCUCCACUUUCUCUCGCAACGCAACUAUCGCAGGCACCGCUCGUCGUCGCUCCACUCGCAUGACUAGUGGAGGCAAGAAAGGGCGCCUCAGCUCCAUCUUUACUGCGAGUCCCCAGUCUUUGGAUCGCAGCCGUGAUGCUGAUCGUGAGGGUACAGCGAUCUCGCCUUCGCCUUCGGACGUUUCGAUUGCAAGUCGAUCAGCUUCCGAGGCAGAGUCAGACGCAGGGACGGAGAAAUCCAGAGAGCCAUCGAUGCUGUUGGCUGAUGAUGAUGAUAUCAGUUUCUCAAGAUCGAGCCACCAUCUGCGUGCCAAUGAUGGGAGCUUCUUCGAUCUUGAUUCGCGAAGCAACGCUGGUCCGACCAAGGCUGCGAGUUUGCCGAAGGCUUUGCGUGGUAAUGUGGCUGUGACUGGUGCAGCCGCACUGGCUGACAGUGUAAGUGGCAGCAACAACCUGGCUUCGUCAGCGACUGUUGAGGAGAUCGAGGAAGAAGCUACGAUUGAUGCAAAUCCACGCCGAAAUUCGGGUAUCAGCGGUGAUGCUGUCGCAAUCAAGGCUAGCCCGAGUCCGCUUUGCCCACCUUCCAUCGUCGUCGACUCGAAGUCCGGUGACAGCGACAGGCAGAAGUCCGAGCCUGCUUCGACCGCAGUAGCUUCCGCAAUAGCAGUAGGGUCGGCGCUCUCACCCACCACAAUAUCAACACUUGAUGCACCACGACCGAUCAGGGCUCGCAUGCCUCAACCUGGCAUUGGAAAGCCAGCACGCGCGCUAUACGACUUUGAAGGUGAAGCCGCCUUCAACGAGCUCAUCAUCCGUGCUGGGCAGCCAUUUGACAUCGUCAACGAGUCCUUAGCUGGUGGUUGGAGUCUCGGCAUUGUGUGGGAUGAGUAUGGUGUCCCGACGCGAGGUCUCAUUCCGCAGGGAUGGUAUUGCUACAUUCAGGACUUUACUCGUUCACCGCCGGCGAGUGCUGGGGUUGAGCCGCCUAGCACGCCUGACAAUCUUGGCCAGGAUAUUGAAGUAGGCAGGUUGAAGCUGCCUUCUCCUGCUGUUUCGUCCAGAAGGGAUCAGACGAAGAGUGCGAGGGGCUCAACGCUUCCUGUUGCGAGUCCAACUCGUCAGAUGGGAUCUGUUGGACGAGCGCAGUCUCGCGUGCUUCCGGCAGGCGUCCAACAGAGUGCAGGUCAGGCAGUAGAACAGGCAAGAACACAAUCGCAUGAUUCGCUUGACAGUCAAGAUCCUGCUACUUCAGCUUCGACGCCGUGGUCCGAGGAGCCGGUCGAACUUGAGCCGCACACCUCAAUCUCCGUCAGUGCUUUCCUCAACAUUGGCAACCACGUUGCACAGUGGCAGCAAGUCGAGCCAUCAGAAGCCAAGGCUUCGACUGCAAGCAUCAUUGAUCACGAGCCGGUAGCAGACGUGUUCAGCCACGCGACCACAACAGCCAUCGACGGAAUGCCUGCAGCCUCCACUGAGGCCUAUCCGAUUGGCUGGUCUGCGGUCGCCGCUGCUGAGCCUCCGACAAUAGCGGAUCCUCUUCCGGUUGCGUCAAAUGGCGCAGCAAACAGCAAUCCUCAUUCGAUUGAGUCGAUGCCAGAGACUGAGUCAACCACCACCACAACUGGUUCGGACUGGAAAGGCAGCAUCUUUGGCAAGAAGACUUUCAAUCGCUUCGCCAGCUUCGUCACCAGUGGAGCCGAAGACUACGUGUUGGCCAGUUCGGAUCCCAGCGAGGAUGAGCGCUCGCGUAGCAUUGCUCGCAAGGUGUCAGGCGGGAAGCCUGCCACUGGUGCUCUGGCGCUGACGGAGGUUGUGGAGGAGGAUGAAGCUGUGCAUGCAGCACACACUGGUGUCGCUUUCCAAGACGGAGUUUCUCAAGACGCAGAGGAUCUGACUGUCGACGAGGACGCAAGUGCAGCUGACCCUAAUCAUCACUUCGUCGUUGCUGGUCCUGCAGGUCCCAAGUGGAAGAGCAAAUGCCCGCCUUUCCUCGUCCAGGUGCACCAUCCCGAGAAGCGAACGAAGCUGAACGGCAUGCAAGAGUAUACCGUCUAUUACGUCACAAGCACUUACCCGGUUGAUGAGCCUAGCAAUGGCGGAACUGGAGACGAUUCAGAUUCCCUUUCCGGUCGAACAGGUUGUAUCCCAUACGAUCCUUUGGGUGGACCGUACCCUCCAGGAGCCCAAGUCACCGUCGUGCGUCGCUUCACUCAGUUCGAAUGGUUGCAUCAGGUCCUUGCCAAGCACUACUCUGCGUUAAUGAUUCCUCCACUUCCGGAAAAGCAAUACUCGGGGCGCUUUGCUUCGGACUUUAUUGAGACUCGUCGUGCUGACCUCGAAAUGUGGAUCUCGAGGCUUGUCAGGCAUCCCGUACUGCGAUACUCGGAUCCUAUUCGGUUUUUCCUCAGUUGCGAAGACGAGAUUGAAUGGCGUUCUACCGCUGCGACGCUGCUGCGAGGAAGUGAUGCUGAAGGAAAAGGAGGUGUGUUCGCACAGACCUGGCAUCCAGACUUUAACUUUGACAUCACUGACGCAGCUCUGGAAGCCGAAAGGAUGGAUACAUUCCUCAAAACCCUCGAAAAGACCAUCAACGGUGUUGGUGAACACAACGCAGGCAAGCAUGGCGUACUUGCUGCGUACAAAAACCAUCGUGAGGGUCAUGUUGCUACGUCCUCUAACUAUCGUGAUCUUUCGUACACCCUUCUGCGCACGUUGACUGGUGCCGGUUCUGGUCCUUCUUCAGACAACAAAGCAGGAUUCAUGCUGGAUGAUGAUGCGCACAAAAUCCACGGUCCACCAAUGGGUAACAUCGGCAAACGAUCCUCCACAGGCGCGACGAACGAACACGGAGCUUGGUGUUGGAGAGAAGACUGUCAAGAGUGUCUCAAUUUGACAUCUGCUCUUCAGAACACUGCUGAAACUUUACAGUCCGUUGGGGAUAUUUACGAGCAUCAUUCGCGAGAAACACUACUGCGUCAGCAUGAACGGUUCAAAGAGCUCUCAAGACCGCAUAUGGCAGCACAAGCGUUGUUGGAAACUCACCGAACCACGAUUGCCCGUUACCGCGAGGCCACGGGUGAAGAAGACGAUUCUUUAACCGACGAAGACCCCACACCUAAACUAAAGAUGUCGCCACAAGAAGCAGAAACCGUAGCCUCAAGAUGCGAAACAGUCCUCAACGUGACCCUUGCCGAAAUGGACCGUCUUCACACAGAGCGUGUUCAAGAUUAUCACGCUCUAGGCCGAUCGCUUCUCGACGGAGAAAUCGAGUUGUAUGAAGGGAUCCUAGACCAACUCAAAGCAGCUAGACUACACUAUGAAGAAGAAUACUACGAGCGAGGGGAAGGAAUGCAUAUCUUACCAUCUCGCUACCAGGUCGAGUUAGGCAGACCAAAGAGGCCGGCUGCUCCACUGUUGAUGCCUAGUGCUGCACCAGGUGGAGUAGGGUUGGGGAAGGUAGGGUUGUUGAUUGCUCAAGUUACCGGUGGUGGAGGGGUGAUUAGGCCUGCGAGUAUGGGUGGUGUUAGGGAGGAGGAGCUGGGGUCGGUGAGGUUGGGAGAUAGGACAAAUGUGCCUUCGGCAGCUGAGGCUGGGUUGAGAGGUAUGACGGGGAAGCAUGGACAUGAGUCGAGGACUUCUAGUUACUUCUCUGCUAUCUGGCGCUAG